GAGAGGCUGUGCACGUUUAAAUUGAGGACGGAAACGGCCCCGUUAGUUGUGGAAAGCUCGUCAACCACGCGCAGCGUCUGAUCAUGAAUUCAUGGUCGUGAAAACAGCAAGAACCAACGUUUUCGUUCGAUUAGUGGCUGUCUUCGAGUGACCUCACCCACACUAGCAAAAUUACGGUGGCGCCCUCUUCCGAGAAAACCAGGGGCAGUGGCACGCAGUGCGCUUUCUGGCCCCAGAGGCGAAGUAGUACAGCAGGCGACAAGGAACAUCUCGAGCAGGUUCCGCAUCCAGUACCAUGCGUGCCUUUUCCUGGGUUCUGGUGAUCACAGCUGCGGCAAUCGGACCACUGUGGCAUGACAGACAUGUCGCGGGACAGCUGGACCCGACACUGCUUCGAUGGGCACAGUGGACCCACGAUGCACGGAGGAAGAUUAACGUUUCAACUUCAAGCGGCUGUCCAGUCAUGCUGAGCGUCGAAAGAAAUGGAACCUGCGUCCCACUUGACAUGACGGCGGAGCUUCAGCGUGCCGGACAUUCGAACAACCCAGAGGGGCGCAUGAUGCCCGCUCCGCCGUCGUUGGACGACCUACUGUACCAGGCACUCAAGAGUGGUCGACUGUGCAAGAUCAUCCCCGCCGAAGCAUGCGGCAACGAGACUCGUCGAUUCUCGUCGGACCAGUGGCACGAUCCGUGGUGGAGUUGGCUCGAGUUCUACGAGGGCAGGGUCUCUUGCGUGGACAGGGGCAUCCAGCGAAAGGGUCAGUGCAUCUUCGGUUCAUGGUCCGGGAGCAAUGCCAGCUGCUUCGUGCGUUUCUCCAAGAUCCGCACGAGUUACCGCUGGCGCGUGGCGGCCACAAACACGCAGCAUGGCGGACCACUGGCCGUCGUCGAAGCGGGAAAUGCGUCCGCCACCGUGGAAGACGCGCAGGCAACGCUGUACACAAGCAAGGAGUCUGAUGACCGAUUCCACAUUGUGGCGCUCAACCUAGGCAGUGUCCGGAUGAAGAACUUGGUCGUGGAAAACCCCACCGUCGGCUGGCACGGAAAGACGAUCGACACAAUGGAGCGGCAGUUUAGUGACCUUUUUCGAAGUGCGCUUUCCGACUUGGCUCACGACUUCAUCACGAACACCUUUUUCGACCACUUGAAGAAGGCGUUCGUCGAUCUGCAGAACUGAGCUUUGCAGGCGUCUCGGCCGGAUCACUCGAAGCGUUUCAGCUUUCUAUGCUUACAUUGUCGGCUUGGACGUCCUUCCUACGGGAAGAAUAAACUUUUUACCUCAUGA